AUGAGGCCUGAAAUGCGGCCAAGUCACUGCAUUUUGACCCGCCAGUUCGGUAACCCUAAUGCAAGUGUCCGGAUGCGGGAGCGGGAGAUCCACUUCCCGCUCUUUGUUCAAUAUUCAACAUUUACAUCGCAAUCAAUGCUUUUCUCUUCUUUGUUCCUGAUUCAUUUGGCUGCUUCAUCAAACAACAAACCAAACAAUUCGCAUCUGCUUUUAACAAAUUCACAAGACUUGUUGAACUUUUACUCUGUUCCCGUUAUUAUCUCGGUUAUCUCAAAAGUUGACAAACAGCCUCCCUUCCACAACACCACACCACAAACAAGUGAGAAAACAAGUGAUAAUGACAAGAAAAAAACAAUAUCUACGUAUUUGUUCGAUCAAACAGACAAUUUGAGAACUAUGAAUGUACAAAACGCAAUACAAAAUAGUAACAGAGGGGGGACAAAAAAGGGAAAGAUAGAAAAUGCAAUGAGUGACAGCGCAAACCAUAUCCCGCCAAUCCGACAAUCUUGA